AUGGGUCUUUACAGCAAGCUGGCCGAUGAUAUCACAGAGGUGGACCUGAUCAUUGCUGGAGGCGGAACAGCUGCUUGCGUCCUUGCAGGCCGUCUCGCAGCCGUCGACCCGCAACUUUCAAUCCUCGUGAUUGAAGGCGGCACCAACAAUCGCGACGUCCCCAGUGUUGUCCAUCCGGCCUUCUUCCUCGACCACCUCGCCCCGACAAGCAAGACUGCAAUUUUCUACCAGGGCAAUGUUUCCGACAAACUGGCAGGCCGUAGUCCCAUUGUACCGACUGGAGGAAUCCUCGGUGGCGGUUCCUCGAUCAACUUUAUGCUCUACACCCGUGCCCAGAAAUCGGACUUUGAUUCAUGGGCCACGCCCGGCUGGUCCUCGGCAGACCUCUGGCCCUACCUGAAGCGCUUCGAGACGUACCAUGGCAACGGAGACCCGUCUCAUCACGGGUCCUCUGGCCCGGUCCACGUAUCUUCUGGGGGCUUCCGCGUUGAGAGUGCAGAGGAUGACAUUCUGGCCGCCGCGAAGCAGACGGGCUACCCUGAGAUCCGGGACUUGCAGAACCUAGAGGCCAACAACGGCUAUGAAAGGUGGAUGAGAUACGUUUCGCCUGAUGGGAGACGACAGGAUGCCGCACACACCUUUCUGCACCCGCUGCUCGAAGAUGGAAACCAUCCGAACCUCCACGUGUUGGUGGAAUCAAAGGUCAUCCGCGUCUUGUUUGACGAGCACAAGCGUGCUGUUGGGGUCGAAUACACUCCCAACUCAGACUACCAGGCCAUCUUGAGCACCACGCAGCAGCCUGUCCGGAGCGUCAAAGCCAAGAAGAUGGUUGUCGUAUCAUGCGGCGCCUGCGGAACGCCUGGCGUUCUCGAGCGCUCCGGUGUAGGCAGCAAGGUGGUCCUAGACAAGGUUGGCGUUCCCGUCGUCGCGGACCUUGCUGGUGUGGGAAGCAAUUAUCAAGAUCACAACCUCGUUCUGAUGCCCUAUAAGACGGCAUUGAAGCCGGAGGAGACUCUCGAUAACAUCUUUAGCGGACGCAUAAGCCGCGAGGACGCGAUUGCAAAGAAAGACAAGAUGCUUGGCUGGAACGGAGUCGACGUUGUCGGUAAGAUCCGCCCCACAGAGGAAGAAGUGAAAAAGCUGGGCCCCGAGUUCGAAAAGGCGUGGGAGAAGGACUUCAAGAACGAUCCCAACAGACCUGUCAUGCUGACUGGUUUCCUUCACGGGUAUCUGGGCGAUCACGCCGCCAUUCCUCAAGGCCAAUACACCACAGUCGCAAACUACACGGCAUAUCCUUACUCGCGCGGGAGCAUUCAUAUCACCGGCCCCUCCCUGACGGACCCCCCCGACUUCGAAACCGGCUUCUUCAGCGACCCCGACGACUUGGACCUCAAGAAGCAGAUCUGGGCCUACAAGCACUCGCGCGACGUCGCCCGCCGCACAGCCCUCUACCGCGGCGAAGUCGCCGGCGGGCACCCGGCCUUUGCCGCGGAUUCCAAGGCGGCGCUGGUGGAGUCUGUCUCUGCGGAUGCGUACAAGAGCGUGCAGCCGAUUGAGUACUCAAAAGAGGAUGACAAGGCGAUUGAGCAAUUUUUGAGGGAGAACAUUAACACGACGUGGCAUUCGCUCGGAACGGCCAAGAUGGCGCCACGGGACGACGGGGGUGUCGUGGAUUCGUCGUUGAGCGUGUAUGGUGUUGAGGGCCUCAAGGUUGUUGAUUUGAGUAUUGUGCCUGAGAACGUGGGUGCCAACACAAAUAACACGGCGUUAGUGGUGGGUGAGAAGGCGGCGGAUAUUAUUGCGAAGAGUUUGGGAAUUCACAUUCCGCCAAAGUUGUAG